CGCCGCCUUUCUCCAGUAGCCGCAUGUGUGUUGGAGCCGUGAUACCACGCCCACUCGUGACGUCACUUCCGACCAGAGCGACGCUGUUUGGGAUGUAAACUUCCCGGCCGCUGACACAGACCCGGAAACUGCAGGAGGGAAGCACCGGGAGGUAACGGGAGCGUCCGCCGGGCCGGGGGGGAAGAUGAGCUGGAACCCCUUCAAAGGUGGGCCAAAAAAGCAGAUAGUCUCAAAAACAGUAGAGAGAGACUUUGAGCGAGAGUAUGGCAAGCUGCAACAGUUGGAAGAACAAACCAAAAAGCUUCAAAAAGACAUGAAGAAAAGUAUAGAGGCAGAUUUAGCCAUGUCUAAGUCUGCUGUCAGGAUCUCCUCAGACCUGCUAGGGAAUCCCCUGUGUGAGCCAGAUCCAGAUUUCCUGUCCAUGGUGACUGCACUGGACACAGCCAUGAAGCGAAUGGACGCCUUCAACCAGGAGAAGGUGAACCAAAUUCAGAAAACAGUGAUGGAGCCCCUGAAAAGGUAUAGCAGCGUGUUUCCCUCUCUGAACAUGGCGGUGAAGCGCAGGGAGCAGGCUCUGCAGGAUUACAAGAGGCUUCAGUCAAAGGUGGAGAAAUACGAGGAGAAGGAGAGAACCGGUGCAGCGAUCGCUAAAUUGCACCAGGCCAGAGAAGAGUUACGUCCUGUUCGGGAGGACUUUGAUGUGAAAAACCGACAGCUGUUAGAUGAGAUGCCGAAAUUUUACAACAGUCGCAUUGAUUUCUUCAAGCCCAGCUUCCAGUCAUUAAUCCGAGCAGAGGUGGUCUAUUAUACAGAGAUGUCCAGGGUGUUUGGAGAGCUGGCCCAGCAAGUGGAUGAGGUGCCGCUAACUGACGCUGAGAGAGAGAAGGAAAACGAGGCCAAGCUGGCAGAACUGCGAGCCUUGUCUAUCGUGGCCGAUGACUGAUGCCAGUCGACUGAGGGACAGAAAACGGUUAUAUUAGACUGAGAUGUUGGUACACCAGGCAACGGCUGCACAAGUGUUAUCUGGGUCCAAGUUAGUUCAGUAAAGCAGUCCCAGUCGGGUUUCCCAUGGCCAUGUGUCUCCUCAGGUAUCCUCCACAAAAACUCUGUGGCCCCCACUGACUGGACAACACACUACUUAUAUGGACAGGGCUGUGACCUAACGUGCUGUACCCAGUCCUAUUCCGUAUUGCUCUAACAGCUUCCCCGCAUGGCUGUAAUGUAUUAUAUGGGACAAAAAGCUGGGCGACGAGCAGUCUGACUGGGGCUGGGUAUGUUUGUUAUGCAUUAUGUAGACCUAUUCAUGCUAUGUCGAUAUACUGUUUUUCCUGUCAUUUUGUUCCUAACUACAACCAUAACCCUUCUGGAAAUGUAGACCUUGCCGAUAUCAACACUUCUGUCAGUGUCAACACUUUGCAAGUGUCAACAUAAAUUAUCAAUGUCGACAUUCUGUUGUCAGCAUUGUGAACGGUGACAUCCCGGCUGAUUACCGUUUGUGUGUGGGGUAACAGACUGACCACCUCUUAAAGUGCCUUUUACAAGCUUUUUUUUUUUUUUUUAAACGUUGUUCUUUUUAUAGUUGUGUGUAAUUCUCCUGAAUUAGUUUGUAGCAUAUUUGGGUCCACAGAAUGUCCAUCCCUAGCUAUACUUCUCUCCAGUCUUUGUUUUUCUGUCUCCCUUUAAUUGACAACAGCAUGUCACACAGGAUUCCUGUCUCGCGCGGCACCCCCCAUACACAGGAAGCGGCUGUAUUAUGUGACCGCAGGCAGCUGUUUUGUUUAUGGCUAUUGAUAAGUUGUUCUACGUCCAUAACAUAUUGUACCUGAGGUCGCUAAGAAUUCUAAGGACACAAUACCUCAUCUAUAGUAAGACAGAUGUGUCUGGCACUCUGCUUAUCAGUUAAAGGUGUCCGCAUACAGUAAGUACCUAUUCUCAAGUGAAGUAUGUUGUCCUUUUUUUAUUUUUUAUUUAAUUCAUGAGAAAAUGCUACGUUAUAGUAAGGUCUGUAAUAUCUUAGCAAGGAUAUCUGUUAGAGAUGUAGUGACACCAGAUGCCUCUACAGGUGCUGGUCCAGUGGUUCCCAAACUUGUCUGAAACACGCCACCCAGGAGUAUCAGAAUAAUUUUCACGGCACCCCUAGGCCAAAACUUUUCUUAAUGACAAAUUUAAAAAGAAAUAUUAAAUAUAAGUAAAUUGUGUUUGUCAUCCUUAGAAGCAUAUUGUGUCCCUCACCACACAAUUACACCUGGCUGCCCACAUAUUUUAUGAUGCAAAGCCACCAGCACUGAUUUUGCCUAUUAUAUUGACCGUAAAUAAUUUGAUUUGGUCCUGGACCACCAAUCCAAGGCACCCCUGCAAGUGCCCCGUGGCACCCUAGGGUGCCAUGGCACACAGUUUGAGAACCUCUGGGCUAGUCUAUGUUUCUGCCCACACACAAAGUAAUGAUUACUCAGAGUUGGGGGAACAAAGGAAGUGUAUGUACUAAUAAUGCUGGUUAUUAAUGUGGUCAUAUACCCAGAGUUUACUUAGAUUAAUAGUUGCCCUAAUGAGUAAUGAAAGGUGACAUAAUACAGUUGCUUUACAUAAGCUGAAUGCCCCCAUUCCCCCCUCAUCCUGGUGUUCGUUACCAGCAUCAGGUUUCCUGUUCUAUUAGCCCGCCCUAGGAUGCCUCCUCGCAGCACUGAGGGGGAUGUAAGGUGCUCUGAAUGUGAAAAUCCCUGCAGCAUACUUGAGUCACUAUAUGCUACCUCUCCUUUUUGUCCCUGUACCAAAGACAUAGUCCUAUGCCACUAUCCGUCCAUUAACACUACUUCUUACAGUAUAUCACCUAAUGAUUUAUACCUUAGUAUUUGUGAUCCUGUGUCGCACUACUGAAGCGUCAAUAUACAUUGCAUUAUUCUCAUUUGGAGAUAUUUACUUACCAGUCAUAUUGGUUCCACAAUCCCCAUUCCAGCCACAAUAUCUCUGUCCCCGUCCUGACUUCUGUCAGAGGCACGUAACUAGGGGUCUGCUAUUAAGCUGCUUACGGUAUAGCAAGAUGGGAGUUCAUGUUGCAUUUUGAAAUGGAAGCACUAUCUAAACCCUGAGCUGCUUAACUCUGGGCUGAGCUUUGUGCUGCUAACCUCUUUUUACCCACCUCUACAACAAUGGUUCCCUUGCUCCAUUCCAUCUGAUCCUCCAGCAUGGCAGGUUUUCUGGAUAACUGUACACACACUAUUGUAGCAGAGCAGAAUCUGUAACAUUUCUCCUUGACUCGUGUGAGGUGAUCCUAUAAGCUGGCUCUGCUGGGAAGGAUAGAAGCUGACAUCAUUGUGCUACAAUUUUAAAACCUGUUCUAGUUUUAAGCCUGUAUUUAUAUUUGUCUAUGUAAUUAAUCUGAGAAAUGGCUUAUUUUAAUACCGUGUAACUGUAACAUGGGCGGGAUUGUAGGGUUUUGUUUUUUAAAUAAAAAUCAGAAAAAUG